AUGAGGAAGCGAAUGGACCAGUUGCUUCACGACUUCGACGGCUCCUCUGCCAUGAAUCAGGUUCGGGUGUUUGUCCAGCAAAAGGAAAUGAACGAGUUCAUGUACGAGAGCGCCGAGAAGAUCUCUUUCUUCUUUGAAGAGAAAGCGUUUGAUGAGGAAGGGAACUUAAAGCAGCCAAAGGAAGUGUCCAUGAGUAAAGUUGGCCAUGCCUUGCAUGAGCUCGACCCUGUAUUCAAAGACUACUCCCGUUCUGAGAAAUUUUCAAGUGUGUUACAGUCCUUGGGCUACAAGAGGCCAGUCAUCAUUCAGUCGGUUUAUAUUUUUAAGCAAUCGGGCUUUGGAAACGAUGUGGCGCCUCACCAGGAUAACUCGACUCUGUACACCGAACCGAAAACCACUUGCACUGGUCUGUGGCUGGCGCUGGAAGACGCUACGACUGCUAAUGGGUGCAUGUGGGCGAUUCCUGGAUCUCAUCGAAAUGGGCUGGUGAGAAGGCUGAUUCGAGGGGAGCAAGGUCUCCAUUUUGAUCAGUCGUCGCCUUCUUAUGAGCAGUCGGAUUUCGUGGCUAUUGAAGCGAAAGCCGGGUCUUUGGUCUUGAUUCAUGGGGAUCUCGUACAUCGAAGUUUCGAGAACCAGUCUCCAAACUCGAGGCAUGCUUUCAGCGCGCACAUUGUGGACACUGUUGGUUGCAAAUGGUCGCCUGACAAUUGGAUUAGAAGGAAAGUGGAUCCAGAGCCUCUCUACUCAUCCUGAUCAGCCAAGUUUUUAGUUGAAAUUGGGGAGAAAAAAAGGGGACGGGCAGAAGAAAUAAAGACCAUCGCUGCUGCCGAAUAUCCCUGGAAACACUUUGUGAGAUUGGAGGAACGAACGAAUGAAUGGUGGUUAUCAUAUCACAUAGUGGUCACUCUCAUGUUUCUAUUUUGUAAUCCUUAUAAACCUUCUCUAAUUAUUCAAUAAAUGUUGUUGUACGUGUCUGUUCAACCAAAGAGGUCUCCACCAAGUAGCUACUGCUGCAUGUAAACUCCCUUGUCCCAAAAGCCAGUAUCCUAUAAACAAUAGUCUAUAGGGUU